AUGUCUGGUACGACUAUCCGAUUUUCAGCAAGUACUUCGUUCUCAAACCGCCAUUUUUAUUUCUUUCUAUUACUGUCAGACUUGGCUGAUAGAUAUUCCAAGAUGCAGUUGCAUAUAAGAGGACAAUCGACGCACGUCCUAGACGUCAAUGGACAAGAAUCCAUUGGUCAGAUCAAGGACCGUAUUCGCAUUCUUGCUGAAGUAGGAUCUGAGGAAGUUACAUUAUCCUUAUGUGGAGCUCCUCUUGAAGAUGAUGUUUUAGUAUCUGAGCUCUCUUCAACAGACUUAGAUCUUACUGUACCCUUACUUGGUGGUAAAGUGCAUGGAUCCUUAGCUCGUGCUGGUAAGGUCAAGGGACAGACUCCCAAAGUUGAGAAGCAACAGAAGAAAAAGAAGAAGACAGGCCGUGCUAAGCGUAGGAUCCAAUACAACAGAAGGUUCGUCAAUGUUGUGCAGACAUUCGGCCGCAGGCGGGGACCUAACUCUAACUCUUAA